UUGCGGCCCACCCUCUCCAGGGUGUCCAGAGAUGUAGAGAGCAGCGAGAGGAGCACAGCCCCAUCUUUCCCAGCACCACUUUCUCACAAAGAGGUAACAUUGUGUGUGUCACUGUGUUUGCUUCUCACUGUAUGUUUAUAUCUCUGUGUGUUCCUGUGUGUUAGAUACUGUAUUCAGAGAGAAGGGGAGAAGCCAGGGCUCAUUUACAAAAGGGAUGCAAUGUGAAUGUGACUUCCCUGGUUAAAUAAUGGAUAAAAAAAGAGAAGGCGAGAGAUUGAGAUGUUCCUGGUCAGGUCCUGUGGUAUGAAGUGCUAGUGGUCAAUGUUAAAGGAACUUGUGCCUGGGGUCACCUGGAUUCACCUACUCCUGACUCCUAACCUGUCCCUGUAGAGAAGCAGGGAAACCCCUCAACUCUCUGCUCCCUCUCUGGACUCUCUGUGGUUGAGUCUUCUCAAACCACCUCUCCACUUACGGAGUGGAUACAGGCCUGCUCUGUCUGUGGUAUCAGAUGGUGGUAGGUGUGUGUCUAAAGUGUAUUAGGUGUAUCUGCUCUGAGGGUGAGUGGCAGCUACAGUGGGGGAAAAAAGUAUUUAGUCAGCCACCAAUUGUGCAUGUUCUCCCACUUAAAAAGAUGAGAGAGGCCUGUAAUUUUCAUCAUAGGUACACGUCAACUAUGACAGACAAAAUGAGAAAACAAAUCCAGAAAAUCACAUUGUAGGAUUUCUAAUGAAUUUAUUUGCACAUUAUGGUGGAAAAUAAGUAUUUGGUAAAUAACAAAAGUUUCUCAAUACUUUGUUAUAUACCCUUUGUUGGCAAUGACACAGGUCAAAUGUUUUCUGUAAGUCUUCACAAGGUUUUCACACACUGUUGCUGGUAUUUUGGCCCAUUCCUCCAUGCAGAUCUCCUCUAGAGCAGUGAUGUUUUGGGGCUGUCGCUGGGCAACACGGACUUUCAACUCCCUCCAAAGAUUUUCUAUGGGGUUGAGAUCUGGAGAUUGGCUAGGCCACUCCAGGACCUUGAAAUGCUUCUUACGAAGCCACUCCUUCGUUGCCCGGGCGGUGUGUUUGGGAUCAUUGCCAUGCUGAAAGACCCAGCCACGUUUCAUCUUCAAUGCCCUUUGCUGAUGGAAGGAGGUUUUCACUCAAAAUCUCACGAUACAUGGCCCCAUUCAUUCUUUCCUUUACACGGAUCAGUCGUCCUGGUCCCUUUGCAGAAAAACAGCCCCAAAGCAUGAUGUUUCCACCCCCAUGCUUCACAGUAGGUAUGGUGUUCUUUGGAUGCAACUAAGCAUUCUUUGUCCUCCAAACACGACGAGUUGAGUUUUUACCAAAAAGUUCUAUUUUGGUUUCAUCUGACCAUAUGACAUUCUCCCAAUCCUCUUCUGGAUCAUCCAAAUGCACUCUAGCAAACUUCAGACGGGCCUGGACAUGUACUGGCUUAAGCAGGGGGACAUGUCUGGCACUGCAGGAUUUGAGUCCCUGGCGGCGUAGUGUGUUACUGAUGGUAGGCUUUGUUACUUUGGUCCCAGCUCUCUGCAGGUCAUUCACUAGGUCCCCCCGUAUGGUUUUGGGAUUUUUGCUCACCGUUCUUGUGAUCAUUUUGACCCCACGGGGUGAGAUCUUGCGUGGAGCCCCAGAUCGAGGGAGAUUAUCAGUGGUCUUGUAUGUCUUCCAUUUCCUAAUAAUUGCUCCCACAGUUGAUUUCUUCAAACCAAGCUGCUUACCUAUUGCAGAUUCAGUCUUCCCAGCCUGGUGCAGGUCUACAAUUUUGUUUCUGGUGUCCUUUGACAGCUCUUUUGUCUUGGCCAUAGUGGAGUUUGGAGUGUGACUGUUUGAGGUUGUGGGCAGGUGUCUUUUAUACUGAUAACAAGUUCAAACAGGUGCCAUUAAUACAGGUAACGAGUGGAGGACAGAGGAGCCUCUUAAAGAAGAAGUUACAGGUCUGUGAGAGCCAGAAAUCUUGCUUGUUUGUAGGUGACCAAAUACUUAUUUUCCACCAUAAUUUGCAAAUAAAUUCAUUAAAAAUCCUACAAUGUGAUUUUCUGGAUUUUUUUUCCUCAAUUUGUCUGUCAUAGUUGACGUGUACCUAUGAUGAAAAUUACAGGCCUCUCUCAUCUUUUUAAGUGGGAGAACUUGCACAAUUGGUGGCUGACUAAAUACUUUUUUCCCCCACUGUAUAUACCAUACACUGUCUCUCACAGUAAAGGAGGGAACCACAGAGGAGGAGGUGGUGAGGUGUGUGUGUGUGUGUGUGUGUGUGUGUGUGUGUGUGUGUGUGUGUUUCUCACUACCUACAGCAGUGUCUUGUGUUGGAUGACACUACAUCUGAUGUGACCAAAAUAAGAUUCAGUUAAAUUUCCCUAAAAAGGACACCAGACAGCAGCCAAAGCUUCAGACUGAGAAAUAAUGGUUUUCAAAUACCUGCGAAUCAGAUACAGUCGGUAUUCAAUUAUACUGAAUAUCUGUGUUUUUGUUUCACCUACAGUAUAUCAAAACAGACCCUAGAUCAGAAAAGUCAGUGGCUGUACAGGAGCAGGGUUAGGGUGUGUGUGUAGUUGGGGAAGUUUUGGGGGUCUGUGUGUUUGUCAUUUAGAAGUAUAAGGUUAAGUUGUGUGUGUGUGUGUGUAUAGUCAGAAUCACGGUUAGGGUGUGUAUCCAUGGUCGUCGGAUGCAGCUGUUUUUGUGCGUGAGACCAAACGAGAAGGAACAGGGGACUCACACUGUCGCCAUGGCAACUCUGACACAUGACACCCCACUCCCUCUGAGGUGUGUAUGUCUGCCGGUAACAGCUGUGAACCGGCUGUAUUCUGGCAUACCACGGACACACUAGUGGAAAGGUCUGUGUUCUGUGACAAGUGUCCCACACAAGCCCACGCACGAGAAACAACAUACAGAAGUAAGGGAGACUGGCACAGGUUCCAAAUCUGACAGAACUCUCCCCCCACCCCUUCCCACUACCACGUACACACACGUUUACACACUCACACACACAUACAAACACACACAGGGCUCAGGGGAACAGGGUGUUCCUCAAAAGGGGAACAGAAAGUGAGGAGAGUUAUUUUAGGCUUUAGGUCGGGCCGGCAGACAUCUCACAGCGGAAAGGCUUGUGUGUGGGUGCAUGCGUGUGUUUGUGGUAGUGAGAAGGGGUUGGGGUUGGGGGAGAAGUCUGUAAGAUUUUAAACAUGUGCCCAUCCCUUACUGGACAAUCCUGGAACCCCCUCUCCCAGGAAGGGUCACUCUGUACUGAUUGAUUGGAACCUGGCUGAGAUGACAUCAGAGCAGGAGGGCUAAUUAGACUCCAGUAAGCUUACUAGACUCUGUACUGGACACACAUUUAUGGACACACGCUCUACGUAAUGCUGAGUGAGGUAAACAUGCAGCAUUUCAUUCAUACUUCUGUUUGCUUGUGUUAUUCAUACAAAUAUCUUACACAGUAUUUGUGAGCAUUGAAUAAAUAUCAAAGGAUGGGACCGGAAACAGUUGUCAUUGAUCUAAACACGUUUUGAUGCCGUGCACGAAGAUGAGUUAGUUGUUGUCACUUUGUCACAUCAUGAAUUGGCACCCACCCAGCCAGCCUAUCAUAUCAUAUCAUGGUUUCCUUUAUAUGUUCAAAUAUAAGCAGGUGUCUGUGUGCUAGCAUCUAUAUCAUUUUUCUAUUCAUGACAGUAUUAACCUUCCAUGAAGACUGUUGUACCAAUGUCACACUGUGUGUGUGUGUGUGUGUGCGCACGUGUGUGUGGUUGUCUCGCUGUGUGUGUCCUUCUAUUGUCUAUAUUCAUUCUUCCAUUCAUAUGGGUACCUCCAGGAGUGUGUGUGUCCUUCUAUCCUCCCAUUCUUCCUCCUGCAGUGUUGCUGUGUCCCUGCCAUGGAAAUAGACAGCUGCCUUUUGAUUCUCUGGCACAGAUUCCCACAAUCCAGUUAUAAGCAUGUCCCUUAUUUAGCUGCUGCCCUGGGCAGAGACUGUAAUAAGGAGUGUGGGUGUCUAUGUGAAAUCAAGUGUGUGUGUGUGUGCAGCCCUGAUUUGGCUGCUGUGGGAUGGCUGUUUAUAAGGAGCUUGUGGCUAUGGCACCACCAGAACUAUAAAUACACACACACAUUAACAACCUGACCUGAGCGCUGAUGUUCCAGCUUCUGUUCUGUCUGUCUGUGUGUCUGUGUGUGUCUUUGUGUGUCCGUGUGUGUGUACGUCUCUGCGCGUGUACAAUGUAUGUGUAAUUCCCAUGGUUGUACAAUGUAAGGUAUUUGUGCCUGUGUGCACAUGUAUUGAUGUUAGUACGUAAGUGUAGCAUGAAUAUGAGCGAGUAAACGUAUGUGUGUUUGUGUUUGACUAAUCUGUAGUGUAGUUCAGUUCUAACCCCUGACCCUGCCCUCCUCCUGUCUGUCCCCGCCCACUCUCUGAUGAGAGAGAGCUUUGAAGCCGAGCCACUGUGACAUCACAGCGCCCGGCACACAAUGGCUGCUUUGUGCACCAACCGCGUCAUAAUGUCUGCAAAACCGAGUGUAUGCCAGGCAACUGGAGGGCCAUGUGGGAGAACCCGCUGCCGGGUAGCGGUUUGUCAGUAAGUGAGAUGUGGAAGGAAAUGAAACCAUGUGUACCAGCAACAGGAGAGGGGAAGUAGAGAGUUACCUAUGUACAGUAUAUUAAUCUAUGUAUUACUGCCAAAAUAAAGAACACCAACAAGUGUCUUAUUGGCCGUUGGCCCCACCAUGAGCCGCCAGAAAAGCUUCAAUGUGCCUUCGUAUAGAUUCUACAAGUGUCUCUGGAACUCUAUUGGAGGGACGUGACACCAUUUUUCCAUGAGAAAUUCCAGUUGGUGUUUUGUUGAGGGUGGAGGAAAACGCUCUCCAGAAUCUCCCAUAAGUGUUCAAUUGGGUUGAUCUGGUGACUGAGACACAAACACUCCCUUUAAACCCCCUAUGCUCCUUUGAUAUCCCUCUUUCAAAGUCACUGGGAUCUCUUCUUCUAGCCAUGGUAGGCAAAAUAAUGGCCAACUGGGAAUUUGUAUACAUCACCCUGAGCAUGAUGGGAUGUUAAUUGUUUAAUUAACUCAGGAACCACACCUGUGUGGAAGCGCCUGCUUUCAGUAUACUUUGUAUCCCUCAUUAACUAUGUCAUCAUGGUGGGCGUGAACAGAGUGUGUGUGUGUGUGUGUGUGAGAGUGAGAGAAUGCACUGGCAGCACUGAGCUUUGACUGAGGUGGUGUCCAGUGUCCCGUGAGGAAGCUCAACCAGACAGAAGUUUUGCCAUUUUCGUAUCAUAUUUCCAAUCGUUUACCUUGGGGUAGGAGUAAAGGGUCUAUUUGGAACUGAACAUGAUACAGUAUGUGCUGAGAGUGUUAACAUGCAUUAGCAUUAAACUAAUAUAAACGUAGCCAUAUCACGCAAAGGUUUGCUUCUGAAAGUCAGCUAGCAUGCUGGGAGACUAGCAUGUUGAACUAAACCAGCUAGAUUACAUUAAGAUGUGCUGAAAUCAUUAGCAUGCUAACAUGUAGCUCAACUAGAUCACAAAGAUGUGCAGGAAAGAACAUCAUGCUAAGCUAAACUUUUGGAGUGGACACAGAGGCACUUGUCCCUCUCUGGCUGGCAUUCCUAGCCAAGCCAAUUUGAGUUUGAAAAUGUAAUCACCCAAUUCGUCAGGGCCUAUAAAUAUAACCAGAGUCAUUGUGUCUGUGUCAGUUGGAUGUUCAGUGAUGUGAGGAUUGUCUUAUAAGUACUUCAGAGCUAUGGGACAGACUAGAGUUGCAGGAGAGAACCUGCAUGAGCACAGGGCCCGUCAGUGUGUAGGUAGUGGUAGUAGUAAUGGUGGACAGGAGUUUUUCUUGGUCAGUUCAUGUUUCUAAUAUAGUGUAUUUGCAGAAGUGAAUGUGAUAGAAUUAGAAGUACAUGUAGUGGUAUAAUAGUGUUUAUAGUAGCAGUAGCAGCAGUAGUGGUAUAAUAGUGUUAAUAGUAGCAGUAGUGGUAUAAUAGUGUUUAAUAGUAGCAGUAGUGGUAUAAUAGUGUUAAUAGUUAGCAGUAGUGGUAUAAUAGUGUUAAUAGUAGCAGUAGUGUAUAUAGUGUUAAUAGUAGCAUUAGCAGCAGUAGUGGUAUAAUAGUGUUAUAUUAGCAGCAGUAGUGUAUAAUAGUGUUAAUAGUAGCAGCAGUAGUUGGUAUAAUAGUGUUAAUAGUAGCAGCAGUAGUGGUUAAUAGUGUUAAUAGUAGCAGUAGUGGUAUAAUAGUGUUAAUAGUAGCAGCAGUAGUGGUUAUAAUAGUGUUAAUAGUAGCAGCAGUAGUGGUAUAAUAGUGUUAAUAGUAGCAGCAGUAGUGGUAUAAUAGUGUUAAUAGUAGCAGCAGUAGUGGUAUAAUAGUGUUAAUAGUAGCAGUAGUGGUAUAAUAGUGUUUAUAGUAGCAGUAGCAGCAGUAGUGGUAUAAUAGUGUUAAUAGUAGCAGUAGUGGUAUAAUAGUGUUAAUAGUAGCAGUAGUGGUAUAAUAGUGUUAAUAGUAGCAGCAGUAGUGGUAUAAUAGUGUUAAUAGUAGCAGCAGUAGUGGUAUAAUAGUGUUAAUAGUAGCAGUAGCAGUGGUAUAAUAGUGUUAAUAGUAGCAGCAGUAGUGGUAUAAUAGUGUUAAUAGUAGCAGCAGUAGUGGUAUAAUAGUGUUAAUAGUAGCAGCAGUAGUGGUAUAAUAGUGUUAAUAGUAGCAGCAGUAGUGGUAUAAUAGUGUUAAUAGUAGCAGCAGUAGUGGUAUAAUAGUGUUAAUAGUAGCAGCAGUAGUGGUAUAAUAGUGUUAAUAGUAGCAGUAGCAGCAGUAGUAGUAUAGUAGUGUUAUUCUAGCAGUAGCAGCAGUAGUGGUAUAAUAGUGUUAUUCUAGCAGUAGCAACAGUAGUGGUAUAAUAGUGUUAAUAGUAGCAGCAGUAGUGGUAUAAUAGUGUUAAUAGUAGCAGCAGUAGUGGUAUAAUAGUGUUAUUCUAGCAGCAGUAGUGGUAUAAUAGUGUUAUUCUAGCAGUAGUAACAGUAGUGGUAUAAUUCAUGGGUUGCACCUCCGUCACUCGGUCGCGUCGUUGCCAUUGUUAUCAACGGUCUAAAGACGCCGCAGCCAUAUUGAUGCUCAAAAGUAGAACGGGGGCUAAUGACUGUGUCGUCUAAAUGACACUAUAGGGCCUUGGGAAUGCAAUGACAUUGCUAAAGUAGGCACAUAUUUAGUAGGAAACUACUUUGCCAUCAUCAUCAUGUUGUCAAAUUUACUUUAGAUGGAUGGCAAUGUUGUCAUUAGCUAGCAAAGUUUGUCAAAAAUAACUAGCAAUGCUAACAUUAGUUAGCUAAAAUCUAGAGGUUUCCCCUCAAUCUUAGCUAGCUAACGUUAUACUGCAUAUAAAGUCAAUCUGGCGACAUCAAAAUGAUGGCACAAGGUUUUCCUACUAAUUAUUGGCCUUCUUUAGAAAUGUCAUUGUGUUUUCAAGUCACAGUAAUAUUGUGAUGCAAUGUGUAACCCAUGAAUAGUGUUAAUAGCAGCAGCAGUAGUGGUAUAAUAUUGUUAAUAGUAGCAGUAUUAGCAGUAGUGGUAUAAUAGUAGCAGCAGUAGUGGUAUAAUAGUAGCAGCAGUAGUGGUAUAAUAGUAGCAGCAGUAGUGGUAUAAUAGUAGCAGCAGUAGUGGUAUAAUAGUAGCAGCUGUAGUGGUAUAAUAGUAGCAGCAGUAGUGUUAAUAGUAGCAGUAAUGUUAUAAUAGUGUUAAUAGUAGCAGCAGUAGUGGCAGUUGAUGUAGUUUGUGUUUGGCUGUUCCUGGUUAAGUGUUGGUUCUCUGUGUGUAGUUUGAGGCUUUGCUGCCAUGCUGUAGUAGAGAUGGCUCUUGGAGUCAAAACGCUGUGUGUACGUGCGUGCGGACCAGCCAGUGGGCACAAAGCGGGCAGUGUGUGCCCUUCGGGCACUGAAAUGUACACGGCGGACAACAGGCGGCCUCAGUCCUUCUCAAUAGGAGCUGCCAUUCUUAUUGUACCUCACACACAAUGAGCUUCUCUCUCUCUCUUUCCCUUCUCUCUCUCCAUGCCCAUAUAUGGCCUGUGUAUCUGAUGAAGGUUGAGAAGUCUGCUCUGAUUGGUUGAUGUCUCUCUGGCAUGGCUUCUUAUUCUGCAUCUGGAAAAACCGGUAGAAACAGACUCUCAGGCCACGGCUGCACUUUUAUUCACAUUGACUUACAUUUCAUUUGGCUGAAAGGAACAGUCCCAGAGAGUAGAAUAACACCAUAUCGGGAGUAGUUUUAACACUGCUGAAAGGUGUGAAAGUGAGAGAAGUGUAGGUUGGAGGUGGGGGAGGAAGGGUGUGGAGGUGGGCGAUGGUGAGGGUGUUCCCCCUCAAAGGCUGCUCACAUGACCUCCACACAACAACCGGACCACAUGACUCCCACAUGACUUCCCCAAUGGUAACCAUGGGUAUGCUCCUCGGCCCAGGGCUUGGGCCUGGAGGGGGUUGGUCUGAUGUGCCCACACCUCCACCCUACCCCUCCCUUCUCCCCAAACCUCCCCCCACCCAGCCUCCACUGCCUCCUAAUGCACAGUGUUAUUCAAUCUAAACCACAGCGAGGAAAAGGCAUUAAAAGUAACAUGCGCUUGAGAUUCCUUUUAGUUUCAAAAUGUAAAUAUGAUUAUGUUUUUGUCUUAUCCUGCAGACCAGGUAUCUAUGAUUUAAUAGGGCCCUUACCUACUCGAAAGACACCUAAAGACUUACUGUAUUAUCAUGCUGAAAGACUUGCUACUGUGCUAGUCAUACACCGAAGGGACAAGGUAGUUCAUCAUAGUGACAUUGGUUUAAAUAAAGUCACUUGAUUAUGUUUUCACAUGUUUUAACGUUACAUGAUGUGAACACAUAGACAGUACUGAUAGUGAGUGACCUGGGAUCCAGUUGUCCUCUCGUCCCCCCUGCUAGUUAACAGACAGUGAAUAUAUUUGGCAUUGUCUGUGUCUGAUAUGAAAACAAUUUGUCAGGGCGACGUGUAUGAAGAAUGCGAAGUCAAGCGCAGGACACCGAGCUACUGGCAGACAAACGUUACUAUGCACAGUAAAUCCAAAGAUACAACACAAAACCUCCAUAACAGGGAGGAACAAUACGCAUACACCCGAGCAACAACAAACGUGAGACAGGGGUUUAAAAAGGGAAUACAAUGUAACAUAAUGGGAAACAGGUGCAAACAAUUAGGACACACUAGACAAACGUCGAAACAUCGAUCGGUGGCAGCUAGUAGUCCGGGGACGACGAACGCCGAAGCCUGCCCGAGCAAGGAGGAGGAGCAGCCUCGGCUGAUUCCGUGACACAUUUAGUGAUGUUAUUCAUUAGAUCGUUUAUGUACUGGCCAGACAUCAUAUGACCUGCUAAUACAGCAUAAACAGACUGAUGUAUUGUAGUCUACUGUAUUGUACAUUUACUUUAUGUUCCACGUGUCCUGAGAGGGGUGCAGACAGACCUGGAGGGAUGUGGUUGUGGAUUAUAUCCUUGUUGAUUCGCUAAUUGAUCAGUUGGUAAUACAUGUGCUUGAAUGUCUAGUUUUCCAGGUCUGACUGAGAUGAUUAGAAGGUAAAAGGACAUGGUUGGGUUGGUGACGUCGGGGACCACAGUGGCAUGACACAUGAGGCCUUACAGCUGAUGCACCUGUGUGACUUUCUAACAUAGUAUUCUAACACCACCUUUUCUCUCCCUCUUCCCUCAGCUUCCUCACUCUCUCGGGCUGGACUGCAGUGCGUCUGCGUCGGCUCGCCCCCCCCUCCCCCCUCGCCCCCCAGCCAUGGCCUCACGAAUAGGGCUGCGGCUGCAGGUAAACACAUUUUGGACUGAUUUGAUUUAUUGGUUAAUUGAUUGGUUAACAGACAGAUGUACCAUAUUACUGUAUACAGUAGAUGUAUUAAUUGACUGAUUGAUUGAUGUAUUUAUUGACUGACUGACUGACUGUCUCAUUCAUGUAUUGACUGACUGAUUGAUGUAUUUGACUGACUGACUGAUUGAUUGAUGUACUGACUGACUGAUUGAUUUGAUGUAUUGACUGACUGAUUGAUGUAUUGACUGACUUACUGAUUGGUUGAUGUACUGACUGACUAACUGAUUGAUGUAUUGACUGACUGAAUGACUGAUGUAUUUACUGACUGUCUCAUUCAUGUAUUGACUGACUGAUUGAUGUAUUUGACUGACUGACUGAUUGAUUGAUUGAUGUACUGACUGACUGAUUUGAUGUAUUGACUGACUGACUAACGGAUUUAUGUAUUGACUGACUGAUUGAUGUAUUGACUGACUUACUGAUUGGUUGAUGUACUGACUGACUAACUGAUUGAUGUAUUGACUGACUGAAUGACUGAUGUAUUUACUGACUGUCUCAUUCAUGUAUUGACUGACUGAUUGAUGUAUUUGACUGAAUGACUGACUGAUUGAUUGGUGUACUGACUGACUGAUUUGAUGUAUUGACUGACUGACUAACUGAUUUAUGUAUUGACUGACUGAUUGAUGUAUUGACUGACUGAUGUAUUGACUGACUAACUGAUUGAUGUAUUGACUGACUAACUGAUUGAUGUAUUGACUGACUGACUGAUUGAUGUAUUGACUGACUGACUGAUUGAUGUAUUGACUGACUGACUGAUUGAUGUAUUGACUGACUGAUUGAUGUAUUGACUGACUGACUGAUUGAUGUAUUGACUGACUGAUUGAAGUAUGUAUUGUCAGCUGAUGCGAGACCAGUUGCAGCAGGAGGAGCAGCGGGAGCGGCAACUGCAGCAGAAUGCGGCGCUGCAGUACAUGCAACAGCAGCGCAUGUCUGCCCCUGCACCCAGCCCUGCAAUCAACGCUCCACAACACUACCAGAGCAUGCAGGUGCCUGUUGAGGUCCUCAAGGUAAGACUGAGAGAUAGAGCGUAGUGUGUGUGUGUGUGUGCGCGCAUGCGUGUUUGUGUCCUCAGGGAUUGCGCACAUUCACUCAACACCCACAUCAGUCAACACCCACAUCAGAGGGAGGCGGGGUUGACGGGAGGGAAAGAUUCAGGCGGAAAAACUUAAAAGGGAACUUUAGUUUGAUCUGCAGCAGCAGCACAAACUUAAAUUCAUUAGAAGUGCAGCGUGCCAAGAGGGGAGAUGAAGAGAGACUAUAGAGAAGGGAAAAGCAAAAAUGGAAAUGGAGGAUAUAGAAUGGUGAAGGAGAGAUGAUACAGUGCCUUCAGAAAGUAUUCACACCCCUUAACUUUUGCAUGGACUCACUCUGUGUGCAAUAAUGAUGUUUAAGAUGGUUUUUGAAUGACUACCUCAUCCCUGUACUCCACACACACAGUUAUUUGUAAGGUCCCUCAGUCGAGCAGUGAAUUUCAAACAGAUUCAACCACAAAGACCAGAGAGGUUUUCCAAUACCUCGCAAAGAAGGGCACCUAUUGGUAGAUGGGUAAAAAUGUAAGAAGACGACACUGAAUAUCCCUUUGAGCAUGGUGAAGUUAUUAAUUACACUUUGGAUGGUGUAUCAAUACACCCAGUCACUACGAAGAUACAGGCAUCCUUCCUAACUUAGUUUCCGGAGAAGAAGGAAACCACUUAGGGAUUUCACCAUGAGGCCAAUGGUAACUUUAAAACAGUGGCUGUGAUAGGAGAAAACUGAGGAUGGAUCAACAACAUUGUAGUUACUCCACAACACUAACCUAAUUGACAGAGUGAAAAGAAGGAAACCUGUACAGAAUAAAAAUAGUCCAUAACAUGCAUCCUGUUUGCAACAAGGCACUAAAGUAAUGCUGCAAAAAAUGUGGCAAAGCAAUUUCACUUUUUGUCCUAAAUACAUAGUGUUAUGUUUGGGGCAAAUCCAAUACAACACAUUACUGAGUACCACUCUCCAUAUUUCAAGCAUAGUGGUUGCUGCAUCAUGUUAUGGGUAUGCUUGUAAUUGGUUUUUCAGGAUAGAAAAUAAACACAAUGGUGCUAAGCACUGGCAAAAUCCUAGAGGAAAACCUGGUUCAGUCUACUUUCCAACAGACACUGGGAGAUUAAUUCACCUUUUCGCAAGAAAAUAACCUAAGACACAAGGCCAAAUCUACACUGGAGUUGCUUACCAAGAAGGCAGUGAAUGUUCCUGAGUGGCUGAGUUACAGUUUUGACUUAAAUCUGCUUGAAAUUCUAUGGCAAGACCUGAAAAUGGUUGUCUAGCAAUGAUCAACAACCAAUUUGACAGAGCUUGAAGAAUUUUGAAAAGAAUAAUGUGCAAAUGUUGCACAAUCCAGGUGUGGAAAGCUCUUAGAGACUUACCCAGAAAGACUCACAGCUGUAAUCGCUGCAAAGGUGAUUGUAACAUGUAUUGACUCAGGGGGUUGAAUACUUAUCUAAUCAAGAUAUAUUACUGUUUUACUUUACUCCAAUUAUUCUUCCACUUUGACAGUACAGAGUAUUUUCUGUAGAUCACAAAAAAAAAAAGACAAUUCAGUCAAUUUUAAUCCCACUUUGUAACACAACAAAAUGUGGAAAAAGUCAAGGGGUGUGAAUACUUUCUGAAGGCACUGUAGGUGAAAAGAGAAUGCAUACUGGAGAUGAUAGAGAAAGGGGAGAGGUUCAGGCAGAGAAAGAGAGGGGGAUUUAGGAGAAGGGGUAAUCCACUCACGUGUUGCUGAGGGUCAGCCAGCCAGCCAGCCUCACUGAGCUCCUCCUGGGUGCAGUGGAGGUGGUCAGAGCUGGAUCAGUUCUGCUAGGUGGACUGGACUGGAUAGAGGUGGAUACAGCAAAGACUGAGAGAAAGAAACAGAGAGGGAAAGAAAUACAGAGAUAAAGACACACUGAGAAUAAAAUGCGGUGGAACAGCAACAAGGUAGGGUGACGGAGAAUCAGUCUUCAUCAUGACAUGGCACGCUAUGUGUGUGUGUGUGGAGAGAUAUGACAGACAGAAUUAAGAUACUGUACUGACAGCAGGAGAUAAAGGUUAUCUGGCAUUUUGCCUGAUUCCACAGAUGACAGUGAAUGUUCUUAUCAGUGUGUGUGAGUGGAGUGUACAUUUUGUCUCUUUGUCAGUGUCUUUCUGUCAGUGUCUUUCUGUUUCUGUCUGUGUGGUGGGUUCAUACUGUGUGUGUGUGUACAUUUUGGGGGAGGCGAAGGUAGGUGUUUAGAAUUAUGCAUACAUGUAGAAAUGAACUUCCUCCAAGUAGUGAGGAAGUCUCUGCUCUAUAUCUUCACCUCUACUGUUGACAACUGUUGGUCGAAGACUAUAUCAGUCUUCCUGUCAUUCCUUUCACUUAGUGCAUGUGGAGUUUAUUUGUUCUGACAGAGCGAGACAUUAGGUAUGACAAAUAGCUCUGACUGCUGUUACUGUUUUGUCCCUGUGGGCCCAUAUCAACAUGUCACUGACAGUUUUUCAACUGUAAAUAAACAGACCCACACUUACUCACAGGCAUGCACACACAAAGUAAGUGUGUACCAUACUCUACUCUACCCUACUCUACCAUACUCUAUACUACUCUACCCUACUCUACUCUACCCUACUCCACUCUACCCUACUCUACCAUACUAUACUCUACCCUACUCUACCAUAAUCUACCCUGCUCUACCCUACUCUACUAUACCCUAUUCUACCCUAUCCUACUCUACCUAUACUCUACUAUACUCUACUCUACCCUAUUCUACUAUACCCUACCCUACUCUACUCUACCAUAAUCUACCCUAUUCUACUCUACUCUACCCUACUCUACCCCCUAUUACUACCCCCUACCUCCCUGGUCAGGCCUGGGGACUAUAGGCUUUACAACAGCUCUACUGUAGGAUUACAGUAACAAUGUUGGGGUUCCAUGAACAACAUACUGUUGUGGCAUUGUGGCUCAUACCAAUGGACAACCAGCACACAAUGGUAAAUCAAGCGGUUGACAUAGUUCAGAGAUAAUUCAGUAAUAUGUGUCUGAUAUGAUGAGCAGUUUGUCUGAUUAUGAUGUGAACUGUGUGUUUAUCUCUUGGUGUGGUGUGUUACUUGUGUGUGUGUGUUCAGGUGCAGACUCACCUGGAGAACCCUACAGACUACCACAUCCGCCAGUCCCAGAGACAACAGGUGAAGGAGUACCUCUCCACCACCUAUGCCACCAAGCAGGUACCUCGCAUUCUGGGUCUUUCUGUCUGUCUCGCUCUCUCCCUCCCUCUCUUUCUUCAACACAUACACACUCUCUCUCUCAUACUCACCUCUCUGUGCAGACGGUGCAUGCAGUAACAGGAGUGGUGCAGCCGUCCCCUCCCCCCACCCUGGCCCCCCCGGGGGCCUCUUCCUCGGCCCCCCCUCCUCUCCACUCCCCCCGGCUCCGUACAGAGCAGCUCAUCACAGGAAACAGCGCCCCCAACAGCCCCAUGGCCAUGCUCAACAUCGGCUCCAGCCACGAGAACGAGGUACACGAGGUACUUACACACACACUUGCACACAUACAAUCCAUACACACUCACACACACUCACAAUCCAUACACACAGUACAUACACACAGGGAUCUCCAACGAUUCUGGAGAGCUACUGGGUUGGAGACAGCUGGAAUACAUACAGUUCAUGAACACACCGAUGCAAACGCGAAACGACUUAUGCACACAAUCACAACACAGAUAUACUCUCUCACACUCAACACAAACACACACACUUGCACACGCUCUUGUACUAAAGCUCAUGUCUAGACAAACAUAAAAGCCUGUCUCAGCUGUGAUAAUCUGUGAGAAAGUGUUGUUCUGUAUUUCUGAGGGGGUUUGACCCGAUCUCAACAAGACAUGUCAUAAAGCAUGGACACAUUCCCUUGGUCCAUAAAGCCUAGAACGGUGUGGGAUUGAACAUAUAACCCUGCAAUAUCUCCUAUACAACUUGAUUACCAGCCUGUAUAAAGAGAGGGCUUAGGGAUUACAUUAUAUUCUCUUUACAGUUUAUGAAGGCAUCAUAAUGACAGCAUUGCACCUCAUUAUGAUGGAUUGCACCCUACCAUCUCUGCUGUGUUUGUGUGUGUGUGUGUGCAAAGACUGGCUAUUGAUCUCGAUGUCAUCCACAGACUCCGGACCAGCUCUAUAAAGGUGUUGUACAGCAGUGUGCACCCAAAGGUCGCUGUGUUAGCUAACUGAGGCUAACUAGCUCUGAUUGUCAUUGCACUUUAAAUGCUCCAUUAUGGCCUUGCUAAAGUAAUUACAGCUUAACGCAUGACAGGGGGAUAGCACACACUGCAACGCCCUUUGAACCCCACAGAUUUUGGUCCACACACACACACACACUGGCGUAGCAACGCAUGUAACUUCACUUAUAUAAUAAUAAUAAUAAUAUAAUAUGCCAUUUAGCAGACGCUUUUAUCCAAAGCGACUUACAGUCAUGUGUGCAUACAUUUUUACGUAUGGGUGGUCCCUCACCAGCAUCUUCUACAGACCUGAGCAGACCAGCAACUGUAGAGUUCAGAAGUGCAUCCCUCAACUACAACGGGCAAACAGAACAGUUAGUUAACCUCAACUAGCCUCAACCUCAACUCAGUUACCAGAACAGUUAACCAACACUACUCAGCUGAGAGGCUCUAGUCCUGUUAGAGAGAAACAUAGACCAUUCCGUAUGUUGCAGUCCGACCAAGGUGCAUACUGUGGAUUGAAGAAGCUUACUGUGCAAGGUGCAAGAGAUGGUCAAUAAAAAGUUAAUGAUAACUGUUCACGUACAAGUCAUAAUUCAUUUUAACAACCUUUUUUCAUAGAGCUGGUUCACACUUCAGUGUUAAUGCAUUGCAUAUUAAAUAGGGAACUUCAUUCACCACCAAUGUGUAGUACUUAUCUGGAAGAAAUGUCUCACGUGAUAAUGAAGUUGAUCAACUCAGUUUGCACAACAUGGCUGCCUUGGUCUGUCUGUAUAUUAUUUGGCAUCACUGGUCUAAGUGUACAUGAAUGUAAGAUAAGUACUACACAUAAGUAUUUAAACAGUUUUUCCCUCCUUGUUCCUGGCACAGAUGGAUGAGGUCAUCGAUGACAUCAUCAGCAUGCAGUCGAGCUAUGAUGACAUCCAGCAGUAUAUCGACCCUGUUCAGAUGUCCAACACAGUAAGUAUUAUACCAUACAGUCACUAUGUACCUAUAGACCGUUUUUGCACCUUAGUGCUAACAUGUUAGCAUUUUCACAUUUGUCAUUUUCAACCUGGGUGGGAUUGUCAAGGAUUGAACACUUUUGAACUGGGUUGAAAUGCAUAUUCAAGAGAUUAGGUGGAUUAGGUGAAGGGGUGUUGAGAUGGAUAGAUAGGACUAAUAUACUGAACAAAAAUAUAAACGCAACAUGCAACCAUUUCAACGAUUUGAGUUACAGUUCAUAUAAGGAAAUCAGUCAAUUGAAAUGAAUUAAUUGGGCCGUAAUCUAUGGAUUUCACAUGACUGGGCAGGGGUGCAGCCAUGAGUGGGCCUGGGAGGGCAUAGGCCCACCCAGUUGGGAGCCAGGCCCACCCACUGGGGAGCUAGGCCCAGCCAAUCAGAAUGAGUUACUCCCCACAAAAUAGCUUUAUUACAGACAGAAAUACUCCUUAGUUUCCUCAGCUGUCUGGGUGGCUGGUCUCAGACAAUCCCGCAGGUGAAGAAGUCAGAUGUGGAGGUCCUGGGCUGCCGUGGUUACACAUGGUCUGUGGUUGUGAGGCCAGUUGGACGUACUGCCAAAUUCUCUAAAACGACGUUGGAGGUGGCUUAUGAUAGAGAAAUGAACAUUCAAUUCUCUGGUAACAGCUCUGGUGGACAUUCCUGCAGUCAGCAUGCCAAUUGCACGCUCCCUCAAAACUUGAGACAUCUGUGGCAUUGUGUUGUGUGACAAAACUGCACAUUUUAGAGUGGCCUUUUAUUGUCCCCAGCGCAAGGUGCACCUGUGUAAGGAUCAUACUGUUUAAUCAUCUUCUUGAUACGUCACACCUGUAUAUUUUAUUUCAGCUCAUGGAACAUGGGACCAACACUUUACAUGUUGCGUUUAUAUUUUGGUUCAGUAUAGUUUAUGAUCAGUCUUCCAGUGGGCUAUUUUAGGUCUGUACCCUCUCUGCACUUUUCUUACUCCUCUUUACCUUCCUCUACUCAUCUCUCACCACUUUCUGCCUCUCCCUGUUCCUCUCUACCCCUCUCUCACCCCUCUCUGUCCCUAUCUACCUCUCUAAAAAGUCUCUCACCUCUCACCCCUGUCUUACCCCUCUCUGUUCUAUUUUGGUCCCUGUCUUCCCCUCCCUGUGUGAGUCAAUGGGGUGAUUAUGCCGACUCAUCAGUACUGAGGCUGUGACUGGGCUCUGAGGGGAGAAAGAGACUCCUUGUUCCGUUUAUCAGAAUCUCUCCAUCUUUAGCUACAGACUCCUCUGUAUGUUUGUGUCCUAUCUGAUAACUACUGUUGCUGUUUUGCUACUGUUGUUGUUGCUGUUGCAUGAAGCUUACCAAACUUCAAAAUGGCUGAUAUUUGAUGUUGGCCGGGAGGCAGUGGGCCUGUGGCUGUUUUGUUCCUCAAUGUUUAAUGAAUAACUGCUGAUCUAUAUUAGCUUCAAUCAGCUGUCUGGUGCUGCUGCCUUCCCACCCCAGGGGAAACCUUCAGUUGUCUUAAAGGAUGUGAAGUGCUGCGGUUUCGAAAGAGUGGCAUUCCUAGCCCUAAAAAAGUCAGUGGUCCGAGAGCGUCUUUCUUCAAGCAGAAGCGCAGAGCUCUGUGUUUAAUGGAAUGGCUUCAAAUUAACAAUUAAACCACCGCCAGUUAGAGUACAACUUGUUUACAAGGCAUUUGGAAAGGGAGGAAGAGGGAAGGAGGAGAGGUGGAGGAGAAGGAGGAGGGGAAUGGGGGAUGAGGGUAAUUUGUGAGAGGGAAAAACAGGCUGAAAGUCCAGUUAGGGGAAAGUUCACUGUAUAGCGGAGAGGUAGAAGAGAGAGGGAUUUGGUGAGAUUGGUUAGUCUCUGAGGAGGGCUGGAGCGAGUCAGUGAGUAAGUGUGAGAGCGGGAGAGGGAGAGUGCACAGGCCCAGAGAAGGAGGAAAGGAUGAAGGAGAUGAAUAAGACGUAUGCCGUCGUGGAGGUGAUAGAUGGGGAACAGAUCCAACUGGUAAGAGGUCUGCACUCUGGUUUGUGUGUGUGGCUGGGAAAUAUGAGGUUUGUGUAUUUGUUCCCCCAUCUUGGUCAGUAGUGAGUUAUGCCCCCCUCCCCCAUGCCCCCUCUCUGGAGGGCUGGGGCUGGGCGGGUCAGCUCUAACUCCCAGCCUCGGGUCUCUGAUUAGGGGAUGAGUCUUGCCCUCGGGCCAAUGGGGCUGGUGCUGCAGGCUGGAGGCUGGGAGGAAGCAGCACGUUGAUAUGGGAGCGGUUGAGCUGAGCCCUAUCGCUGUGGGCAAACUUCCAGUGAGGGAGACGCUCGGCCGUUAGAGAGAAGACUGCAUGGGACAUUAACUGCCUGGCGUGACAGAGUGAAGGUCACUGCUGGCUUCUCCCCUGUCUCUCUGCUCUAUCCCAGCUGUGUCUGUGUGUGUGUGUGUGUGUGUGUGUGUGUGUGUGUGUGUGUGUGUGUGUGUGUGUGUGUGUGUGUGUAUUUGUGUGUGUUUCAGCACAAUGUGUCUGAGUGGAAUAGUAUGGCAUUCUCUGGGUUUAUCUCUUGGUGAUCCUGGUUCAGUUGAUUGGCUCUUGAUCACUCAGUACUGUGUGUAUUGUGUUGUGUUUUGUUGUGUGUGUGUGUGUUGACUGUGUGUGUGAUUACAUAAUAUUCAAUAUCAUAGCCAUUGAUUAGAUUUAGCUAUUUGGCUAUUGACUGGCCCUCAAGGAGCUAAACUGAGCGGUGUGAUUUGAAUGCCAGGACAGUGGUAUAAUGUGUGUGUGUAUCAUAGAGUGGCUCUGUGCAUGGAUUCAGCUCUCUGUAUGGAGGAUUGAUGGUGAGGGUGAUAAGGUAUUCCCAUCGCAUUGCUACAAUUUUGCACCAGAUGUGCAACAAAUCAGCGAAGAAAGAUGUGCUUGUUUUUUUUGUUCUGUAGAGUCUGACUUAAUAUACAGGCCUCUAAACAGUUAUGCUGUUCUCUCUCUCUCUGUAUAGUCUGUAUCUUCUUCUCUUCAUUUACUCUCUCUGUAAUCUCUCUCUCUAGAUUCUCUCUCUCUGUUCUCUCUGUAUCUCUCUCUCUGUAUCUCCUCUCUGUUUUCUCUCUUGUUCUCUCUCUCUCUAUCUCUAUUCUGUAUCUCUCUGCUUAUCUGUCUCUUGUAUCUCUCUAUCUUUUUAUCUGAUCUCUCUCUCUCCUCUGUCUUCCAUCUCUCUCUCUCUCUCUAUCCUCUCUCUCUCUCUCUCUCUCUCUCUCUCCUCUCUCUCUCUAUCUCUCUCCUCUCAUCUCCUCUUCGCCCCUCUCUCUCUCUCUCUCUCUCUCUCUCUCUCUGGUCAAGGUCCCUGUGCUCUGCUGAGAUGUGUAUAAUGAGAUCCCUCAGGACUAAUGUUAGUUACUUUACAAAUCUCCUCUCUGCUUUGGGAGGUUAUUUCCUCGAUAACUUUCCUUAAACACUGAGUUUUCCCCCUAAUGAAUUAAACUCAUCUGCUAAUCCGUGAGCAGGAUUAUCACGGUAAACUCCCUGGAAUCUGUGGAAUCUGGGAGUUUAAGGAAAGCUUGGGAACGCCGCCGAGAGAAUACCAGGCAUGACUGACCUGAGAGUGUGUAUGAGAGUUUGUUAAAAAUGGAUAGUUCCAGGUCAUGCUGUAUGAUAGGAGACAGUCAGAGGGGUUCGAGACUAAAGCAUCCGGGGUGAGAGGAAGGGUGUGGAAGUUUGAAACGGGGUGGGAGGAGGAAGGGACAAGGUGAGGAGAGGGUUACACCUAACUCUUAACUUUAAUGUCCUGGGUUUAAGAUAAAGGCGUGGAAGACUCUAUUGAAGAUGUAAUUUCCUUUUGAUCAGUGUAGAUCUGUUUGCUUGAUGAGUGAUCGGAGGUCUCAGUCCACAUAGCGGUCUGUUUUGAGCCUGUGGUUUAACUGUGUGCAUGUGUGUGUGAGACCUGGCUGCUCUUCAGUAGUCUGUGAUAAGGUAUCUACCUCUCUUAUCUGUCAAGCCUCAUUAGUAUUGCAAAGGAGAUAUUCAGCCACAUCCUCUUGUGUGAAAUUCCAGUGUUUCUUUAUUAUUGGACGUUUCAUCAUCAAAUCCCUUAACAGGGUGCUUGACUAGUAGUAACCCAUAGGGCCUGCUACGUAACAGCUAAACAACCUCUACACAAGCUCUACAGAGGAGACCGCUAGUCUUCCAAACAGAGGCUGGGUUAGAGAUAUGGUGAGAGAAUAAAGCUAUAGAGAUGAUAAGAGAGAUGGACCGAUAGUCAAUGAUUGUGUGUCUGUCAGAGCAGAGGUAGUUAGAGGCAGUAGUUUCCAGGUGUGAUAUUGGCCUGUUAUCUUCUGCUAUCUGCUCUUUACAGCCAUCCACUAAACAUGUAAAACACUGUGUGUUUAUAAAGUUCCCUCAGGCUCAGAGGGAUAACCAGGGUUACGCACAAUAUGACGCCAAUAAACUCCCAGGAGACACCGACUUCACCAUUCUGUCUUCUAUUCUCUCUGUCUCUCUUUCUCAUUUUAAUUCAAAGGGCUUUAUUGGCAUGGGAAACAUGUUUACAUUGCCAAAGCAAGUGAAAUAGAUAAUAAGCGAAAGUGUAAUAAAAAAUGAACAGUAAACAUUACACACUAUAUACAGUGUUGUAACAAUGUGCAAAUAGUUAAAGUACAAAAGGGAAACUAAUUCAACAUAAAUAUGAGUUGUAUUUACAACGGUGUUUGUUCUUCACUGGUUGCCCUUUUCUUGUGGCAACAGGUCACAAAUCUUGCUGCUAUGAUGGCACACUGUGAUAUUUCACCCAAUAGAUUUCGGAGUUUAUAAAAAUUGGAUUUGUUUUCGAAUUCUUUGUGGGUCUGUGUAAUCUGAGGGAAAUAUGUAUUUCUCUCUGUCUCUUUCUCUGUCUCUGUCUCUCGCUCUGUCUCGCGCUGUCAAUCUCAGGAAACAGUGUUUAUGGAGAAAAAAGGUUGUGUUUCAUGCAUGGUUUCCUGAAUUAUGUUGUGUAUCAGGCUAUCAAACAACCACAAGGGGUUAAAGUGGGGUCUAAACUGCCCUGAAAAUAAGAUGGCUUGUAAGGAUAGUGUAUCUAACUAUAAUUUCCCCAUCUGAAGGAUGUGCUUGGUGUCAUUGUUGGAACCCAUUCUUCAUUGAACUUGAUAGGAGAGUAAGUGACUAGUCAUUUGUAAGAGAUUUACUGAAUAUACUUCAUCUGAAGUAUUAGCAUGCAUAACCCCUGCUUAACCCUUCAAUUUCUUCUGGGAAACAUCUAUUGAUUCUCUUAUUUCCCAUGUAUUCCAAUCUCACAAAGAGAGUGACCCUAGUGACAAAUCCUCUGUGUUAUUGAUAUUAUAGAGUGGAAUGUAGGUUAUGCGGUGCUCAUUCUGAUGUGUGUGUGUUCUCCCCAGCUCCCUCUGUCCAGCAGUCACCUGGACGUGUACACGGGCCCUGGGAUGACCGGUCAAACCAUCGCCAUGACCAGCAACUCCUGCCCUGCCAACCUGGCCAUCAAACGAGAGCUGACGGGUAGGACCAAUCACAGCCGCACGCACAGCCAUGGCAACCAAUCAGAGACAAGCUUAGACACACAGCAACCACACAGCUCUCAGACAUUUACAACUUUCAGAGAAAUGGCAACCAAUCAAAGAGAACUGCAGGCCAAAAUGGUUUACUACCAAGUUUUCCCACCUGGUUUCCCAGGUCUCAAUCAGAUGCUGAGGAAAGGAAGGAAACCAGCAGUUCCAAAUCCAUGGUUACCAGGGUAUCAGAGGAGGCUGGUGGGAGGAGCUAUAGGAGGACGGGCUCAUUGUAAUGGCUGGAAUGGAAUUAAUGGAACGGUAUCAAACAUGGAAACCACGUUUCACUCCGUUCCAUUAUUCCAUUCUAGCCAUUACAAUGAGCCCGUCCUCCUACAGCACAUCCUACCAGCCUCCUCUGCAGGGUAUAUUUUUCUCAAAACUACGGGUUCAUUGAAUUUAGUUUCUGCUGCGAUGGAAUUCAAUUAAGCAAAUUAGCUCCUCAUUGACAGUUAGGGGGAAAUACUGUAUCCCAGGCAUGAACUGAAUCUCAAUUAAUUUCCUAAAUUGAGUGAGUUAAAGUGAGCCUCCACCAUGAUCUUCAAACUCUCUAUGACCCCAAACUGUAAACAGAAGUCACACUCACUAUACAUUCUUUCACACAUGCACAUCCAAAAUGCACAUUUCACAAACACACCAAAAUAAAUAUGCAUGCUUCACACUCGGCAGAGGAGAUCGCACCACAUAAAUAUCCCAGUGUGUUCAUGGCAUGACUGUUAAGAUGUUAUGGAACAGAGUUUUACACACAUUUGUACUGUAAUGUGUCAUUUCACACCCGUUUGCGCUGGCGUGUGUGUUUGUGAGGGCCAGCCUGUGAGUUGCAUCAAUCAGCUCAGGUUUCCUUUAGUAAUGUUUCACAGGACAUACCGUCUCAUAGGGAAAAGCAGAUGUAUUAGAAGUGUGGAUUAACACCUACACUCUCUCCAGACACAUGCCUCUCUGGUCCACAAGAACACGGAUCUCAUUCUAUACUUCAGUUAUUCGUUGUUUUUUUUGACAGACGAUAGUUUUUAGUGUUGAUGUGUUGGGUGGGGACAGUGUUAGUUCAUUGCUUGUUGUUUUUGUCAAGAUGCAGAAGCCCGUGCGAUGGCCAAGGAGAGACAGAAGAAAGACAACCACAACCUGAGUGAGUUUAUUCUGACCCCUCCCCCCCCUCUCUCUCUCUCUCUCUGCCUCUCUCUCUCUCUCCCUCCCUAUCUUUCUCCCUUGCAAAAACACAAUAUGAAUGAGUUUGCACUUUUUCAACAUCCCUCUCCUUUUUACUAUCUCUCUGUUUAAAGUACGCCUCUCUCUCUAUCUCUUUCUGUCUUUCUCUCAAUCACACACACACACACACACACACACACACACACACACACACACACACACACACACACACACACACACACACACACAGUGGUAAUUCAGCUGAUACAGGACAACCCACAAGGUGGAUGGUUAACCCACAGCUUUCUGCUGCUCUGGCACUAAAGUCUAAUUGCCUGUCACACUUGUUUUUUAGGGUGUAUAUGUGUAGUGUGAGUGUGUGUGUGUGUGUGUGUGUGUGAGUAGUAGUAGUUUGCGGGACACAAUAAGCUGCAGGAAUGCUACUGUCCUUUCCUCCCUCUAGUCGCCUGGCUGUCACCCAGGAUCAUUACAUUUCAAAUGUCAUAUUAUGUAUAUAUACAGUGUUGUAACAAUGUGCAAAUAGUUCAUGUACAAAUGGGAAAAUAAAUAAACAUAAAUAUGGGUGUAUUUACAAUGGUGUUUGUUCUUCACUGGUUGCCCUUUUCUUGUGGCAACAGGUCACACAUCUUUCUGCUGUGAUGGCACACUGUGGUAUUUCACCUACAGUGGGGAGAACAAGUAUUUGAUACACUGCCGAUUUUGCAGGUUUGCCUACUUACAAAGCAUGUAGAGGUCGGUAAUAUUUAUCAUAGGUACACUUCAACUGUGAAAUCCAGAAAAUCACAUUGUAUGAUUUUUAAGUAAUUAAUUUGCAUUUUAUUGCAUGACAUAAGUAUUUAAUAAAUCAGAAAAGCAGAACUUAAUAUUUGGUACAGAAAUAUUUGUUUGCAAUUACAGAGAUCAUACGUUUCCUGUAGGUCUUGACCAGGUUUUCACACACUGCAGCAGGGAUUUUGUCCCACUCCUCCAUACAGACCUUCUCCAGAUCCUUCAGGUUUCGGGGCUGUCGCUGGGCAAUACAGACUUUCAGCUCCCUCCAAAGAUGUUCUAUUGGGUUCAGGUCUGGAGACUGGCUAGGCCACUCCAGGACCUUGAGAUGCUUCUUACGGAGCCACUCCUUAGUUGCCCUGGCUGUGUGUUUCGGGUCGUUGUCAUGCUGGAAGACCCAGCCACGACCCAUCUUCAAUGCUCUUACUGAGGGAAGGAGGUUGUUGGCCAAGAUCUCGCGAUACAUGGCCCCAUCCAUCCUCCCCUCAAUACGGUGCAGUCGUCCUGUCCCCUUUGCAGAAAAGCAUCCCCAAAGAAUGAUGUUUCCACCUCCAUGCUUCACGGUUGGGAUGGUGUUCUUGGGGUUGUACUCAUCCUUCUUUUUCCUCCAAACACGGCGAGUGGAGUUUAGACCAAAAAGCUAUAUUUUUGUCUCAUCAGACCACAUGACCUUCUCCCAUUCCUCCUCUGGAUCAUCCAGAUAGUCAUUGGCAAACUUCAGACGGGCCUGGACAUGCGCUGGCUUGAGCAGGGGGACCUUGCGUGCGCUGCAGGAUUUUAAUCCAUGACGGCGUAGUGUGUUACUAAUGGUUUUCUUUGAGACUGUGGUCCCAGCUCUCUUCAGGUCAUUGACCAGGUCCUGCCGUGUAGUUCUGGCCUGAUCCCUCACCUUCCUCAUGAUCAUUGAUGCCCCACGAGGUGAGAUCUUGCAUGGAGCCCCAGACAGAGGGUGAUUGACCGUCAUCUUGAACUUCUUCCAUUUUCUAAUAAUUGCGCCAACAGUUGUUGCCUUCUCACCAAGCUGCUUGCUUAUUGUCCUAUAGCCCAUCCCAGCCUUGUGCAGGUCUACAACUUUAUCCCUGAUGUCCUUACACAGCUCUCUGGUCUUGGCCAUUGUGGAGAGGUUGGAGUCUGUUUGAUUGAGUGUGUGGACAGGUGUCUUUUAUACAGGUAAUGAGUUCAAACAGGUGCAGUUAAUACAGGUAAUGAGUGGAGAACAGGAGGGCUUCUUAAAGAAAAACUAACAGGUCUGUGAGAGCUGGAAUUCUUACUGGUUGGUAGGUGAUCAAAUACUUAUGUCAUGCAAUAAAAUGCCAACUAAUUACUUAAAAAUCAUACAAUGUGAUUUUCUGGAUUUUUGUUUUAGAUUCCGUCUCUCACAGUUGAAGUGUACCUAUGAUAAAAAUGACAGACCUCUAUAUGCUUUGUAAGUAGGAAAACCUGCAAAAUCGGCAGUGUAUCAAAUACUUGUUCUCCCCACUGUAAUAGAUAUGGGAGUUUAUCAAAAUUGGGUUCGUUUUCAAAUUCUUUGGAUCUGUGUAAUCUGAGGGAAAUAUGUAUCUCUAAUAUGGUCAUACAUUUGGCAGGAGGUUAGGAAGUGCAGCUCAGUUUCCACUUCAUUUUGUGGGCAGUGUGCAUAUAGCCUGUCUUCUCUUGAGAGCCAGGUCUGCCUACGGUGGCCUUUCUCAAUAGCAAGGCUAUGCUCACUGAGCCUGUACAUAGUCAAAGAUUUCCUUACGUUUGGGUCAGUCACAGUGGUCAAGUAUUCUGCCACUGUGUACUCUCUGUUUAGGGCCAAAUAGCAUUCUAGUUUGCGCAGUUUUUUUGUUAAUUCUUUCCAAUGUGUCAAGUAAUUCUCUUUUUGUUUUCUCAUGAUUUGGUUGGGUCUAAUUGUGUAGUUGUCCUGGGGCUCUGUGGGGUCUGUUUGUGUUUGUGAUCAGAGCCCCAGGACCAGCUUGCUUAGGGGACUCUUCUCCAAGAUCAUCUCUCUGUAGGUGAUGGCUUUGUUAUGGAAGGUUUGGGAAUCGCUUCCUUUUAAGUGGUUAUAGAAUUUAACGGCUCUUUUCUGGAUUUUGAUAAUUAGUGGGUAUCGGCCUAAUUCUGCUCUGCAUGCAUUAUUUGUCGUUUUUCGUUGUACACUGAGGAUAUUUUUGCAGAAUUCUGCAUGCAGAGUCUCAAUUUGGUGUGUGUCCCAUUUUGUGAAUUCUUGGUUGGUGAGCGGACCCCAGACCUCACUCUGUCUUUCUCUUUUUUUCUCUCUCUCUCUCUCUCUCUUGCUCUGUAUCUCUCUCGAUCUCUGUAUCGCUCUCUAUCUCUGUAUCUCUCUCUGUAUCUCGAUUUCAAUGUUUACGUUGCCAAAGCAAGUGAAAUAGAUAAUAAAUAAAAGUAAAAUAAACAACAAUGAUCGCUCUCUCUCGCUCUCUCUCUCGCUCUCUUUCUCGCUCUCUCUCUGUAUCUCUCUCUCUGCAUCUCUCCUCUCUCUCUGCAUCUCUCGCUCGCUCUCUGUAUCUCUCGCUCUCUCUCUCUCGCUCUCUGUAUCUGUCUCUCUUUCUCUCUGUGUCUCUCUCUCUUGCUCUCUGUAUCUCUCUCUCUCACACUCGCUCUCUGUAUCUCUCUCUCUGUCUGUAUCUCUCUGUAUCUCGCUGUACAUCUCUCUCUCUAUCUCUCUCUCUGUAUCUCUCUCUGUAUGUAUCUAUCUCUCUCUGUAUCUCUCUCUGUCUGUAUCUCUCUCUCUCUGUAUCUCUCUGUAUCCUCUCUAUCUUAAUCUCCUCUCUCUCUCUCUCGUCUCUCUCUCCUCUCCGUCUCUCUCUCUCUUCUCUCUCUCUCCUCUCUCUCUCCUCUCUCUCUCUCUCUCUCUCUCUCUCUCUGUAUCUGUCUGUUUAUAACCUCCAAUCUGACAAACACUCAUCUACUCAUUUACACUAUAACUCUUUAUUAUGGCUAUGCUGCACAAAGCCAGCAAUAACAGCCAGAGUAUAAAGUCACCUCAGUGUGUGCCUGCGUACGUGCAUGCAUUUGUGUUCAUGUUCUUGGGUUGUCGAAGGUGGACUGCCUCACAUGAAAUUCCGAAUGCCAUUGUUGCAACACAUUUUCCCAUGUUCUCCUCUCCUCUCAUUGUUGCCUCUUUUCCUAUGGUUUAGUUGAGAGAAGGAGGAGGUUCAACAUCAACGACCGGAUUAAAGAGCUGGGCGGUAUGAUCCCCAAAACCAAUGACCUGUAAGUCACCUCGCUUCACUGUGUGUUGUUAUUUGUUCUUCAAUGUCUAAGUGGUAUGUUGCUUUUUGUAUCCGUGUUAGCAGAAGAUGUAUACUUACGUGGGCUUCUUCUUGUUUGCCUAUGUGCAACUAAACUAUGGUCAUCAGAAACAAAUGAGAUACUUCUAAAGGUGUUCUUCUGUAAUGUUCUAUAGGGACGUGCGCUGGAAUAAGGGCACUAUUCUGAGGGCAUCAGUAGAGUACAUCAAGCGGAUGCAGAAGGACAUGCAGAGGACCAGAGAGGUGGAGAACAACUUCAAGAGGAUGGAGAUGGCCAACAAACAGCUGUGGCUGCGCAUCCAGGUAACGCACACACACAUUCAUUUGUGCAACACACACUCUGUCACACACGCAUACAGUACACACAUUAAAGAGCAUGUAUGAGCUUUAGAAUGCUGUGCCAUACAGUUCAUCAUCUCUCUCGCUUUCUCCCUGCUCUGUCUGUGUGUAGGAGUUAGAGAUGCAGGCUCGUCUGCACGGCCUCCCCAGCUCCUCUCCCUCUGGGAUGGGUUCUGGUGACCUGAUGGGUUCCUACGUCAAACAGGAAACCAGCCCUGAGGAGAAGCUCCACCAGCAGCAGGCACAGCACCAGCACCAGGCUCAGGCCCAGGGCCAGCAACACCUCCCCCACCCCCAGUCCCACCAUCUCCAGCCCCAGCAGGGCCAGCCCAUGCAGCUGCCCCCUCUCCCCCCUCACCUCCAGCCACAGCUUCCCCUCCAGUACCCAGCCGUGGGCAGUUCCCAGCCCUUUGACUUUGCCCAGUCGCUGGACUUGUGUGACGGGGUGCCUGGCUUCCCGGAGGGCCUGUCGGGGCUAGGGGAGCUGGGCGGCCUGGGUACCCAGGGAAGGAGAGGCGAGCUGGGCUUCUUGAUGAUGGACGAGCCCCUGUCUCCUCUGGGUGGAGACCCCCUGCUCUCUGCCAUGUCCCCUGAGGCCUCGGUCGACUCCAGCCGCAGAUCCAGCUUCAGCAUAGAGGAUGCAGAUAUACUGUAGAAGGAGUAUACACACACACACAUACACACUGUAGAACCACACACAUAGUAUACACACACACAUAUGGUACACAAAGUACACACACUGGACAUACACCCAGAGCAGUGAUAUACCGUGAUAUGCUUAUGCUCUGUUCAACAACCCUGCCAGCAUACAUUUGCACUCCAAACUCCCUCACACACACACAGAUACUGUACUCACACUUACACACACACACUCGACAUUCUCAUAGAUGCACACCCUUUCUUAGCACUCGCAUAGAUACACAUUCAACAGCAAUAUGAGAAAUGAAAUCCACGUUUCGGAUUGAAAUAAUUGUGUCCUACCACUGUAAAUAUCAGAGCACCUCUGAAUGAUAAACAAUCUAUUACACACACACACACACACACACACACAGCACAGACAGCUUCUAGUUCACUCUAACACAGAAGGGCCCCUGUUAUUUGAAGGGAAAUAUGUGAGGCACUGACAAAGGUUUGAGACACAGUGUGACACACAGUCCUAGACCCCUUACUUUGUAAAACACACUGCCAUGACCUUUAGUCUGCAAGCUACUGCCAUCUCCUGUGUGACCUAUGACCUUUAGCCUUUAGGGUACUGCCAAGUCUACUCCAUGACCUCUGGCCCCAGUGUGAACUCUGAACGUUGAGGAGAGAUGGUUUGGCCCUGAUUGUGAGGUGUUGUAGCGAUGCAGGGGGUUCUGUAGCAACUUAGGGUGAAAUGUAGCUCCACAGGGUUAUAAGUAGUGCCACUAUGUAGCAACUCAGGAUCUUCUGUAGCCCUGACCCAAACCUGCCAAUGUGCCUUGUGUUAGCCACCUGAAGCCCCACUCUCUCUGGCUGAGAUGGAGAUGGAGAGUGUGGAGUGGGGAGAGGGAAGGAGAGGGUUGUGUUUUAGUAUGUUGUACUGUAUGGUUAGGAGAGGGAGGAGCAGUCA